UCACCAGCUAUAUUGAUACUCUCGCACAACUAUUGUAUUAACCUCGCUGCUCUUCAGCUAAUUGCUCUUCAAGGCUCAGGCCUUCAGUUCACAUAAGCUGCAAUCCGGGUUGAGCCCAAUGGUCUGGCAUUCUUGCUGUAUAUGGUGCAUGUCAUAGGAUCAAAUGUUGUAGAAAAGAAGCUAGAGUCCCGUAAUUAAUCAAAACGCGUGUUCAUAUAGCUGAUCUGUUCGUAGCUAGCUUAGCGGAAGGAGCUUAGUAGUAUAUUAUGACCUGAGAAUACUGCAAUUCUAUAUAGCAUGUUUACCAUCAGAUUUCAAUGCCCUUGAUUAGUAGCAGCUAGAACCAAGUAUAAGUCGAGGAAACUGAUGAUCAAGGUCUAAUUGUCAGCAUGCAUGCUCAUUCAGUCUUAGGCUUCGAGGACCGAUGAACACACAAAGGGAUGGGAGAUAAAAUGAGCUGGACAGCUGGAGGAGAUUGGAUGUGCAGCGCAUGCCAGCACCAGAAUUUCAAGAAAAGGGAAAUGUGCCAACGUUGCGGGUACCCUAAGUACGGCGGCCCUGAUCCGGCAACCUACAUAUGCAAUGCAACAAAGGUUUUGGCUGGGGACUGGUAUUGUUCCGCCAUGAACUGUCAAGCUCACAACUAUGCUAGCCGGUCAAGCUGCUAUAAUUGUGGUGCAUUAAGAAAUGAUCAUGCUGCAGGUGGGUAUGGAAGCAACACUUAUGGAUCUGAUGGAAGUGAUCCUCCUGGAUGGAAAACUGGUGAUUGGAUUUGCACCAGAUUGGGAUGUGGAGUCCAUAAUUAUGCUAGCAGGAUGGAAUGCUUUAAAUGCAGAACACCGAGGGAAUACAGUGGUGGAUAUUGACAGAAAGUUGUAAUUACAAAGACAACGUGGAUCUUGACUUCCUACGACCCUGGCUUCUCCUCAAACACUUUCUCUUGGUUUCAGUUUUGAGUUAACAAUAAGCUUUAGGCUGACAUUGAUCCAAGGACCUUUCCCAGAAGCACAGGCAUGUAUUGGAGCUGAGAAAUACUCUCUGGCUUCCUUAAUUGUGUUCUUGAAAUCUAUGAAGCUUAAGAAUUUUUCCCUCCCUUUAA